UCAAACAAAUUAUAUCAAUAUUUAAAGAAAAAAUUCGUUAGAUAAUUAAGUUUUAGUUAAAAAGAACCACUAAAUAAAACAUAUGUGGUGUUAGAAGUUCUCAUGAAUUUCUCAAAAUAACUCAUUUGAAAACUAUUUUCUCACUUUUUCAUUUUUCUAUUAUUUUUAUUAUGAAAAUCCUUCUUUAAAUAAUUCCAGUGAACAUGCUUUUGGUACAAAACGGUGGAACUAAUUUCUACUGGAUUGGCUGUUCAAAAUGUAAAUUUACAAAUAUAGAUAAAUAUACUGAUCGAACUAAUAAAAAAAUAAAUUAGCUUUUGAAAUUACUAUGGGUGUAUGUGCAGUCUUUCUCUCUUCUCCCAUGGGACUACACAUACUGAUCCACAUAUUUGUAAUUGACUGGGAAGAACAUAAUGUGCUAAAAACAUAGCAUGCAGAAAGUAACUUAUAAAUUAGCCCUUGGCUUGCAAGCUAAUUAGAAAAAUCAAUUAACUGAAUCUCUACGUACAAAACUAGAUACCCGAUCAAAGAGGAGUGCCACAUAUAUAAAUUAACACAACUAAACUAAGAAAUGAACGACACCAACCAACAAAAAUAAGGUAUCCUAAAAGAGAGAGGGCCAACACUUCAAGAAAACAAAAAUAACAACCUUUUUUUUGGACACAAACAAAAAUAACAACCACAAAAAUAAAACACAAAACAUUACACACUGUCUUCCCCUUUUUAUCCCCAACAAAAGCAUCCUUGUUUGUUCUUCUGUAAUACCGCUUCUAUUGUUCCCUCCUUUCACAAGGAAGGGCGUAGAAGAAUCCAACAUUACAGUUCUAUAACCGUAAAAGAAAACCUUUAAAUCUCAUCAUCAAUCAAACACAAAAAGAAGCUAAAUGGGUAUCAAGUUCCUGUUGAUCCUUUGCCUCUUGACCCUGGUUGUAGUCGCUGAAUCAGCCAAUGUCACGUGGUCCCUGACAAAAUCUCGUGUCAAUGGACAAGGUUGCAUUGGAGACGAUGAUGGGCUUGAGUCCUUGAUGGAUUCUGAGACUAACCGGCGGCAACUAGCCGCAAGGCGAAGGUACAUCAGUUACGGUGCACUCAAGAAGAACAAUGUGCCAUGUAGCCGUCGUGGCCGGUCUUACUAUGAUUGCACGAAGAGGAAAAGGGCUAACCCUUACAGGCGUGGGUGCAGUAUCAUCACGCAUUGCUACAGGCUAACUUCUUAAUCUGAAUGAGCACAUACAAACAGUGUGAGUAACGAAGCGAGAGUGCAAAGAAUGCGUUAAAAAAAAAGAAAAAAAAAUCACAUGUUUCCUCUACGUACGAUUCUUAACUUUGUUUUUCUUGAUAUUUCCCGUUUUUCUCUCAGUGAUCUUUAAUCCUUUUAUUUAUGAUCAUGAUGCAUA